CUAUAAAGAUUUAGGAGUUAUAUUAAGCAAUGAUCUCAAAACGACUAGUCACUGUAAGGCUGCUGCUGCAAAAGGCUAUAGGGUAUUAUGGUCAAUUCGUAGGUCUUUCCAGUAUUUAGAUGAUGAAAUGUUUAGAUUACUAUACCCGAUUUAUGUGCGACCACAUUUAGAAUACGGGAUUCAAGCAGCGUGUCCUUGUUUCAAAUAUGAAGCAGAUAUGCUAGAAAGAGUCCAACGACGAGCUACUAAGAUGGUACAAGGUCUAUCUGGCCUAUCUUAUGAAGACAGACUGAGACACCUUAACUUAUUUCCGUUAUCUUACCGUAGAGUACGGGGUGAUCUAAUAUUGGCUUAUCGUAUACUGAACGAUGACCUUGGUAUUAACAUGUCUUAUCUUUUGCUUCCGUCUAGAACCGAUCAUUUGAGAGGACAUUCGAAGAAAGUUCAAAAACCGAGAUCAAACCGUUUACGUCUGGAGUUCCGUUUCUCGCACCGAGUAGUGAAUUACUGGAAUUCUCUACCGGAACACGUAAUAUCAGCACCGUCUGUUAAUAUAUUCAAAACGAGAUUGGACCUCCACAGUAUUACAAACUGCAAGGAUUAAUAUAGGUCGACAGACCUCCUUUCCUUAUUACUGAGGACUGAAGACUGAUAUCAUGUUGGCGGGUGUUACCAAUCAUCCGAUUCGUUGUUGGGUCCAAUAGCAGUGAAAUCUUGAGGAAACUCAUUAUUUAGUCUCCAGAGAUCGCAAAAUGACCAAUGAUUUAACUACAGCUUUUAGUGAAGAAAUCGCAAGGUGCUUCACGUUUGAUGGCGUUUUCAAAGAUUCAAACGAUCAGGUUAAACUUAAGGAUAAGUCACAAUCGUUUGAUUCUAGAGAAUUUUUGGGCCCACUACUCGAUCACUACACAUUUCCACCAGUACAUUGGUUUGGGACGUGUUUGUAUGGAGUUGUUCUAGAAGCUCUGGAUAUCAAGGAACAGGAACAACCAGUUGAAUGUUACGAUCUAGAUAUACCCGAAGAUGAAGCCAUUAGUUAUGCAUUCGAUCACCAUUCGUUAGUAACAUCUCAGUUGCCUGAUUCAUACGAUGAAAUCGUUCAAACUGCCGACGAAAUCAUUAAGGAAAUUGAUAUUCUUAUGAAUGAUAAUGAAGAUAUCCCUUUGUCACUGUGCAAUAUGGUCCAGUCGGAGUAUAAACGUCCACUGGUGCUAGAAAAUAUCGGAAGUGAUUGGCUUCCUGAAGAAGCUAUGCAAGAUCUUUCUCUGAAUGAACUCAAUGCAUUAUUAGAAGAACUAGAAUCUUGUGUACGAGAAUAUUCUGCUAUCCUUGUUCAAGAGUUGGCGUAUAGAGAAGAAUUGGAUUUUGAACAAGAACAGAAAGAUAUUUUUAUUGCACGCUUGAACGAAUUGCACCGCCGUCUGGAGCGUCGGAGACGUUUAAGUAUACCACCAGAUAGUCAUAUUCAGUUACUGUCAAAUUCUCUGUUGGUAAAAGACUAUGAUGAAGCGUGCACAUUUGGGCGAAACAUAGUGCUCGACAAUAUGGGAUCGCCAUCGAAUUCUGUUCAUAAAGAAGCCCCACCGUUCAUUUUACGUGCACAGUCAGCAGCUCAAGCAGCGGUUGCUGCAACAUCAUCUGCAACAGUUGCAAUAAAAAGGCAUUUUCGAAGGCUGAGUACAUUUUCAAAGGAUACUUCAGGAACAACAAAUCAUCAGUCAGAUCAAUGUAAUCUUGUUCACACAGCAUCUAUUUCUCCAAAUAAUAAAUGUGACGUAAACAAUUUGUCAGAAAAAGAUGAUCAUACAAUUCACUGUCCAACAAUUAUGUCUGCUCGAGCUAUUGCCAUUGCUCGUCUUCGAAAAUGGGCCGGAAGAAAAUCAGAAGGACCUUCAAAAACUGAGAACACCGGGACUUUCAGGGCUUUCCUUCGCCGUGGGCGUCAUCAAGCAGAAGUCCCAAUGAACUCGUUUGUCCGUAGUCGAGAAGCUCGUUCAGCAGUAACUAGUCCUACAUCAUCUCAAUUUGAAUUCCCUUCAAUACCUACCACUUUAACACACUCGGCUUCUGGUCAUUUGAUUGGACGAUCUGAACUAAGUUCGGAUGAUCUUGAAUAUAAGUAUUUGACCACUUCGGUUCCGUACCACCGAUCUCCCAGGAACGAAGGACCUACCGUUACCCAGUUGGAGCUGUUCAACGAUAUGCUUUUGGCCAUUUUAACAAACAAUCCAAAUCUGACACCUAUGCUCACCGAUUAUAUUCUUAAUGUGAACGUUGGAUUCAACCGAUUGUGUGUGUUUUUAUGGAAUUGUAUAUCACCAAAUUCAUUUUCUUACAUUUGUACUGAAACCACUGAUCAAAUAAUGUUUAAACCGAGUAAUAUUGUGUUUAGUUAUAACAUUAAUCAAAAUAGUACAAACAUAUUCGGUGAGACUAUAGUUUAUGAACGACCUUUGAGCGACGCCAAAGUGACCUUUAGAGUGUCUACUUACUCAAUUCAUAUAUUACAAUUUCCAAAUGAUUUACUCUGCCUUAAAUCUGGCCAAUUUUAUGGAUUAUUAAUAUGGAUUUAUGAAUUGUAGAACCUGAUGAGAAAUUCAUUGAAAAAAAUAUUCUUCAUUCAUAUAAUUGUGUUUUAAAGAAUUAUUCACCAAGCAAAUUACUAAUUUCCUAACAUUAAAACUUAUAAUUAUUUUUUUUCUUUUAAAAAUAAUUUAGUUUACGCUCCAGCUGAUCGACGCUUAUCUAAACUUCCAAUUUAAACAACAACGAAAUUAAUUAAUUCUACAAUUUUAAUUGAACAUCAACAAUAAAUCAGUCAUUAGAUCAUGUGCUUUAUAUUUUAAUUAACCUGUUCCGUUUUCUUUUAAAUCCAUAUAUAGCUUUGAAAAUUAUUUUAGUGUUUAGUUUGAUUUUUCCAAUCUCCUUUUCUUUUUUAUUUCUUUUAUUUUGCUUCUUGUGUAUACUUGGAUCCGAGUCUUUUUUUGCGAUCCUAUCAUUUCGCAUUAAAAGUAAUGUUCUAACUUUUGAAAACGAAUGCUUUAUUUAAAAAACCCAAUUUAAUCGAUUUAUUAUUUCCGAACUUUAUUUAUACUUUUUCAAUAAAUGAUAAUUUAGAACAAAUACUUAUCGUCAUAAUGCUUUGCUAUAAUCAAUUAUCUUAAACAAGAUAUGUAUCAUUUUUGUCACUUACGUUUAAUAAAUCACAAUAACUAGUUAUAUUAUACAAUAUUUAUUCAACUAAACAAACUAUUUUAUUUUAAAGUUAUUACAUUUUACCUCUUAUUUCUUUUGAUCGGUAUGCAUACAAAUAGCAUCUACAUGAUAAGAUCAAUUCAUUAUUGAUAUACAUACAUGAAUUAGUGCCAGAAUCAUUAAAUGUGAUGACAAUCUCGUCAUGGUUAUUGUGUUUUAAUGCUGAUUAUUAUUUUUUUCUAAAAUGAAAAGAAAGUGUUAACUUCUUAUUGAACUAUUUUUGUUCAGUAAAUUAUUGUUAGGUUAAUCAUUUUUGGCAUUUCUAUCGUUGCUUGAAUCUCUUAAUUAGCGUUUAUUUUUAGUUUUCUUUUUCUUGUCAGUACUACUUAUUUUUUAUUAUUUUUGUUACUGUUCAUUCAUAUAUUGAUAAUAUCUGCCUAUUCACACCAGAAAUUUUGAUUUUGAGUCGAAUUUUUUUUAGUUUAUUAGCUUGGCUCUUCGUCUUCUUCAUUAUUAUUUGCAUUUAGAUUUCGGCGAUUUAAUUGAUUGUUCAUUUUGAAAAUGUUGCGAAAUUAUGUUAUUUAAAUCACAACAUACAAUAAUAACGAUUGUUGUCUAG